GGCGGCCACGGAAUCGCCGAAUGGGUCGGCCGCUAGAUUUCGACGCCAUCACCACGAUGCUGCGAAUCAUCGUAAUCCUCGCUUCCCUCACGCAACUCACAGCAGCCAUCUGGGAACGGUACCAAGCUACCUUCGGUAAAAAUUACGAUGCCCAGCAAGCCGCCGAGCGACAGCGUAUAUUCAACGAAAACGUGGACCGUAUAAACGCGCAUAAUCUCGCUCAUGAUCUGGGGCUCACUUCGUACCGUAUGGGUUUGAAUGAAUUCACCGACAUGUCUCGUUCGGAGUACGAGUUGGUCCGAGGCUUGAGGUACAGCGGGGAGCAGACAGCUCGCACCGGGCAUCCGUUUACGUUGACUCAAAACCCAGACCGUGAGCUACCGAAAAAAGUCGACUAUAGAAAGUCCGGACACGUCACACCGGUGAAGAACCAGGGACUUUGUGGCUCUUGCUGGGCUUUCUCGGCCACCGGCUCUUUGGAAGGGCAGCUUUCCAUACAAAAUGGUACUCUGGUCUCGCUCUCCGAGCAAAAUCUCCUUGACUGCUCGCGAGAGAACCAAGGGUGCGAUGGCGGUUACAUGGAUAAGGCUUUCGAGUACAUAAAGAAGAACGGGGGAAUCGAUACCGAGGAAUCGUAUCCAUAUACCGGUCGAAAGGGAAAAUGUAUGUUUAAGAAGAAAAACAUCGGCGCUCGGGUCACAGGACACGUUGAUGUUCCCGCAGAGGACGAGCAAGCCCUGAAACUCGCUGUCGCUAAAAUUGGGCCGAUCUCGGUCGGCAUCGAUGCUUCGAAAGAUAGUUUUCGUUUCUACAAAGAAGGCAUCUACGAUGAAAGCUCCUGCUCUACGUCCCAGCUCGAUCAUGGCGUCCUGGUAGUCGGCUACGGAAGCGAGAAGGGUAAAGACUACUGGCUCGAGGGAUACGUCACUCCGGUGAAGGACCAAGGACAGUGCGGAUCUUGCUGGGCCUUCUCCACGACCGGUUCUCUCGAGGGUCAGCACUUCAAGGCCACUGGCAAGCUCGUCUCGCUCUCCGAACAGAAUCUCGUCGAUUGCUCCGGAGACGAAGGAAACAACGGCUGCGAGGGCGGCCUCAUGGACCAGGGCUUCACCUACAUCAAGAAUAACGGAGGGAUCGAUACCGAGGAAUCCUACCCCUACAACGCCGAAGACGGAGACUGCGCCUUCAAAUCGAACGCCGUCGGUGCCCGCGUGACUGGAUUUGUAGACAUCGACUCCGGAAGCGAGAAAGCUCUCCAGAAGGCUGUCGCCACAGUCGGACCCGUCUCUGUGGCCAUCGAUGCUUCGAACGACAGCUUCCAGCUCUACAAAGAAGGAAUCUACGAUGAACCCGCGUGCUCCUCUACUCAACUCGACCACGGCGUCCUGGCCGUCGGUUACGGAAGCGAGAACGGUGUCGACUAUUGGCUCGUCAAGAACUCCUGGAACACCGUUUGGGGACAGGACGGAUACAUCAAGAUGGCGAGGAACAAGGACAAUCAGUGUGGAAUUGCUUCCCAAGCUUCCUACCCAACCGUCUGAGUCAUCCCUCGAAUAAAUUCAACAUUUGAAUCCUA